AUGAAGCCUCACUACGGUCUGAUCAUCGCUGUUGGCGUGAUUGUCUUGACUGUUCUCAUAGUGGCGAUGGCGAUCAUCGUAUUGUGUCCGGGUCAGCUCGAAGAUCAGAGUUCUAUCCAUACCCGGCCGAUUCCAGGUCUUCCACUCAGACACAGGAGAUUCAGAGGUCAUCGACGGCGGCAUCGCGCCGAACUCGCGCCUCUACUUGAAGACCACGGCCAAGCAGCCAGUAUUCCCUUCCCACCUUCUCCCGAUCUCGAGAGUUUGGGUAGUCUCGAAGAGGAACCAGAUGUCGCCGCACCAAACAAUGCACGUCCUGUAGCAGCGAAGCCGGACAGGUCGAAUGUGAAAAGCUACCAAGCAAUCAGCGAGCCGCUCCCAAGGCCUAAGGAUGAACAUGUGCUGGAAAAGAUCUCCGAGGAGGGAUCAAGUGCUGGACUGCUCACGUAUGACGAAAGCGUGCGAAGCCAACAGUCGGAUAGUCUCAAUCAAGAGCAGCAGAACCAAGGCAACGAGCGACUGAAGAACCAUCGCAAGCUGAAUGAUAUGCUGGAAGAGUCAGCAGCGGCUGCGUCAGCUGAUGAUGGGUCCAGCUCGAGCUCGGAUAGCAGCUCGUCGUCGUCUUCCAGAUCUGAUCAUGUAGCGCACGGAGGGCAUAAGGCACGGAGCGGUGGUUUGGCGGGCCAUAGCAUUGGAGGUCAGGAGUGUCAUUGUGCUCUGUGCUUAGCAAGGUUGCAGGCGACAUAG